AUGAGCAUCCCAGGAGAAGAUGUCGAGUUCUGUCCGACACGGGCAGACCUGCAUUGGUCCCAGGCCCAGUAUGAUCAAGUCGAGUUUGCCGAUUUUAAUCAGGUGCAGGUAGCCAAGUAUGGGGAUGUCAAGUUCUUCCAGCCGACCGACUCGGAGGAUGAAAAUGCGAAUGGGGUCAAUGGCAAGGAUACUUUAGGUGACCAGGCGGGCGAGGCCGGUCCCGCCCCCCCCGCACAAGAAGUAGAGGCGCUGGUAGAGGAAGCUGCACCUACCAUGAGUGCUGCGGCAAAGAAGAAGAACAAGAAGGCAAAAAAGAAGGCAGCCAAAGCAGCAGAGAAGGCCGCUGAGCCAGAACCCGCCCCGGCACCGCCAGCCGAACCCGAGCCAGUGCCUGAAGCCGAACCCGUGCCUGAGCCUGAACCCCAGGUCAAAGAGGAGCCCGAAGAAGUCGCAUCAGCGGGCAAAAAGAAGAAGAAGGGUAAGAAGGCCAAAGACAAAAAAGAGAUUAAGGCACAGAAGUCAUCUUCCAACGAGGAGAAGGCUAGCGAGCCGGAGCUAGCGGCCCGGGGUGUUGAUGAUCAGAAAGAGGAGGCGGCCAGCGAGUCUACCACCAAAUUGCCCGUCACCGAGGUCCAAGGCGGUGAAACCAAGGCGGAAGAGGUUGCGGCUGUAAUUAUGGCAGAAGCCGCGUCUGAGCUAGAAGUGGCGGCCAAGGCUACGGUCGCCCCUACCGCUGACGCGCCUUCGGCGGAGGCAGCAAUCGAAGAGUCUGCAGAAGCCGCCCUUCAAGCCCAGUCUACCCCAUCCGCCGAACAACAGAAUACCACAACCUCUCCCGACGAGGCCACGCCGGUGGAGGGACAGCCAGAGCCGACCAUUACUGAGGCUGAGGUUUCACCUGCGGAAGGGCCAGUCGUGGAGACAAAUGACGAGUCAGCUCCCGAAGCGGCCGCUGUUGAAACUGCGCAUGUUGCCGCCGCAACCGACAAGCUCACGGAAGACACCGGAGCUCCAGAUGCCGAAUCGGCGGGGGCUCAGAAGCCUUUAGAGGCAGAUGAACCUACCCCCGAGCCCAAGAGUGAGGCUGAACCUGAGUCUGAAGCUGAGGCGCUGCAAGAAAAUUCUCAGAAAAACCCGGCUGCUGAGCCGGAAGUGGCCAAGACUGAGGAAGCCACCGGAGGCGACGAGAAGGAACAGGAGGCGCGAUCCACUGCCCCUGAACCAACCGUCGAGGAGACUCUAGUUGCCGAGGUGGAAACUGUUGAUUCCGCCAGGAGCGAACAGCCUGCCGGGACCGAGUCGGAGCCGGUUGCCGAGGCUGGGAAUGAACCCGCCGAAUCCAAGAGGGAGCCUUCUUCUGAGGCGGAUGAGGAUGAACUCGCCGCUGACGUCAAGGAGACGCUAGCCCCUGAACUUGUUGCAGAAGCCCAAGAGGAGCCUACUCCCGAAGCGGUAGAGUCACUCAGCCCUGAUGCUGAAACUGCGGUGAACCAAGCACCGGCGUCUGAGUCUACGCAAGACACCGACUCAAAAGACAACUCUGAGUCCGUCACUGAGAUUGAGGAAAAGUUGGCCGCUGAACCUGAAUUCGCUGAGGAUUCGAAGGAUGAACCUGCCGCUGCUAUUGUAACCAGCGAUAAUGCGGCUGAGGAUGCCCCCGCUCCAGAAGAGGCGGCCGAGGCUGAUGAGAAGCCUACUGAGGAGGCUACAGAAGCCACUUCUGUCGAGGAAACGGUGAAAGAGGAGCCGGCUGGUGAGAACAGGCCCGUGUUUGGGGCCAUUUCGGCUGAAAAGUCAAGUGAGCCUGAACCGGAGACCAAGGACGAGGCUUCGGCUGAAACAGAAACCGUCGAGCCUGCCAUUGAAGCCAAGACCGAGACCGCCUCCGACCCUGAUACGUCCGUGGACAUAACCGUGGAGGAUAUUCCGACUGAGAAGGUUGAUGAGCUGAAGGCCGGCGAUACAACAAAGGUCCUAGCCCCCGAAUCCGCUGUUGUGGAGGUCAGUGCUGUGGCUGACCCUGCACCUGCUGGGGAAGCUAAGAGCGAGCCCGAGGCCCCGGUCUCCGCAGCUCGUGAUACCAAGGUGGAAGGUAUUGCUGAGACGGAAAAGCCAGAGGCCGAUGAGGAACUUGCGGAGAAACCCGGUGACAGGGUUGAAGAAGAGGGCGAUCAGGAGAUACGUUCCGUUGCUGAAGCUCCCACCGAGUCUAAGGCUGAAAGCGACACCGCCGAAAAGCCGGCUGAAACCGACUCCGCUCAAGCUGAUUCAGCCGAGGCUGCCAAGCCGGAUGUUGAGGUCGAGGCCACUCCCGCUACCGGAGAAGAAACAGCCAACUCCGAAGAGGACGACAACGGCAACGAGAUUCAACUUAAGGGGUCCGCUCCUGAUGCAGAGGAGUCAAAGGAAAAAAUCACGGCUGAGGCCCCUACUGCGACAGCUAUCCAAGAGGGAGAGUCUACCCCAGCUCCCGAAGAAACCCCAGCUCUCGAAGAAACCCCAGCUCUCGAAGAAACCAACACUGCCACAAAAGCGGUAGUACUGACCGAGGAGGUCAAGUCUGCCCCUAUCGAGGAGUCCCAAAUUUCCGCUGCCGAAGAUGCGGACGCUGAGGCCACUGACGAGGCAAAGCGUUUGUCUGCAGAGGAAAUCAAAAUCGAGACUAGGAAUGAGAGCAAAGUCGAACCCACGGAGCAGGAGACUGGGACUGAGACUGCUGAAACCGCUGAAUCCGAUGCUGUUAAGGAGGUUGGCCCUGGCCCUGUCGACGAAACCAAGCUCGAGUCCGAGGAAGCUAAGGUUGCGGUUCAAGAGGAUGUCGAGGCUGAAAUAGCAGAGGCAACCAUCCCUAAGCCUGCGGGAGGUGUUGACGCCGAAAUCAAAGAUAGACCUGUCACAGAAACCAAGGCGGAGCACGCCGAAGAGGCCAAGGUUGAACCUGAGAGAGAGACCGAGGCUGAGCCUGAGGAAGCUGGGGCUGAGCUUUCAGAGGAAGCCAAGACCGACGCCGCUGAAGAAACCACGAGGGCUGAGUUCACCGGAGAUACCGAGCUUGAGACUGAGGAAGUCAGGGCUGAACCUGCCGUGGAAGCCGCCGAAGAGGUGAAAGUUGAAUCCCCCGAGGCCAACGUUGAGCCUAUCGAGGGGGCCGAAACUCAACCCGUCGAGGAGGUCGAAGCUCAACCCGUCGAGGAGGUCGAAACUCAGCCCGUCGAGGAGGUCGAAGCUCAACCCGUCGAGGAGGUCGAAACUCAGCCCGUCGAGGAGAUCAAGGGUGGGCCUGAGGCUACCGACGAAGACACCGUGUCUCCCACGUUGGAAACCACCGAAGCCACAAAGGCUGAACCGGCUCAAGAAUUCCAGCUUAGACCGCCCGCAGUGGCUAAAGUGGAACCUGUCGAGGUCUCCGAGGCAGCGCCUGCUGAGGAGAUUUCUGCUGAGCCUACUGCGGAAGCACGGGCGGCACCCACGGAAGAGCCGACGCUGGUCAAGGAGGUCAAGGUUGAACUCGCGGAGGAAACCAAGCCUGAACCUGCGGAGACGGCGAAGCCUGAGCCUGUUUUGGCGGCCAAGUCCGAAGAACUCAAUGAGGAUCUCCGGUUAGAGGCAGCAACGCAACCUAAUGAAGUGGCAGCUGAGCCCAGGGUAGAAAAGACAGCAGCCAUCGAGGAAGUUUCCCCGACACGCGAGGAGAAACCAACCGACAAGGUAUCUGAGCUAGUUUCCGACGAGGCGAAGACCGAACAGUCCGAAUCCGCCUCUCUAGUUCAGGAGUUGGCGGAGGAGAGGCCACAAGAAGUCAAGGUAGAAGACGACGAGAGCAAGGACACGGUUGGGCCAAUCCCUCGCGAACAUGAGGCAGCUGAGAAAGCGGCUACAGGUGAGGCACACCCUACAUUGCUUGAUACCCCCGAUGGCAGUGGAAUGGCAGGACAGGCGGCGGCAGAGUGCAUUUCGCAACCAACCGACACGGACUCGGACUUGCGACUUCCGGAUACCCAUGAUACCCAGGACAAGAGUUUGAUGACUUCAACUGUUAAUGAUGAUACCCCCGAUACCCCCGAACAACUUAAUGCCGGCAAUAUGGCUGGAGAAAAUGAGCAUGGCACGGAGACGAAAAUGCUCUGUUCCGACGCUGGCGGGGGGCAGGCCCAGACCCCAGAAGGUUCAGGUUUGGAAGGCACAGCACCCAGCGAGCAAGCUGUUUCUGCCGCAACCGUGACGGCAGAGCCCCCGCUGAACCACGUGGCGAAGACUGAGGGCCAAGUCACUACCGCGAGGGAUGCCGACGAGGUUGAUUUGCCAGUUCAAGAUCAGGCUCAACCAGUCCUUGGGAUCACAGUUACAGCAUCACACCAGGAGACUGAACAAGUCAAACCUGACGAGGAAACUCGAUUUUCUGAGGCGGGCAUCACCGAGGUGACUCCUGUUUCAACAAUUGAAGAUGCAGCACCUAUUCUGGGAGUGGGCACCGCUGCCCCAGAGGGAGUUGGGGCCGAACAACAAGCACAAACUAUCAUUCCAACGCGGUCUUCUUCUAGGGCGGCUGAGGUGAAACCACAGCCCGUUCUCACCUUGGCUGAAGAGCCCGAAGUUGAGCAAGCCAGAGAGGUACCGCAAGCCAAACAACCUGCUGCCGCUAGCGAAGAAAUCAUUGCCCUCGAAACCACGGACGACGUACUUGACAGCGACAAAGCUGAAGGCCAUGAAUCAGCGGGAGCGACUCGGGUUAACCAAGUUGAGGACUCUGCUCAGGAACAGCCUUUGCCCUUACAUGAAGAAACCAGGGAGGAUGCACAAGUCUCCGCUGAGACCUCGGUCGUUGAGCAGAAAAUUGCGCCCGAAGCGGCUUCAAUCGAUGAGUUGGCUGCUGCUACGGAACCCGAACCAACCUUCGAAGACAAAGCUACGGUCCUUGAGCCUGAAGUAGACCAACGGGAGAUCUCGAUGGCUAGGCCCGUUCUGACCGCGUUGCCUGAACUGGACGACGAACUGGCCGGGCCGGUUCCCGAUAUCCCAGCUGCAGAAAGCUCCGAAACCAAAGAGGCCGAAGCCGAAUCGACUCAAAUACAGGAAGAAACCCUUUCCCAAGAAACGCCCGAGUCUCCGAAGAGUCCCCGCGCCAAGGAUACGGAGCCUGCUACCAGACCUGGCCCCCCGGUUGAUGAGUCUCCUAGCGCCGACGCGCCUGCUGUGGUUGAUGAGCGUACCACGAAUGAGGAGCCUGCCGCGGCUGGAGGUAUUUCCAACGCCGAGGAAAUUACUGCAAGGGAAUUAGUCCAGGCCGAGUCUGCUGACGUUGAGGCAUCCGUCGAUGUUGCAGUCACUUCAGUCGAGCAACCUGCGCUGCCAAUCAACAAAGGGCCUGCCGCCUCCGCUGAGUCUUACCGCUCUGAGAAAUCUAAUCUUACAGAAGAGCUAGGCGACGACGGCCUUGAGGCAAUCUCUCAGGUUCCAUUCAGCAAGACUGCCACUGAAGCCGCUGCCGAAACGCAGGUGACCGAGCCGGAUGUCGAUAUUAUGCAGGGUAAGGCUCGUGAACUAGAGUCGGGGCCGGAGCCUCAUGAAACGCAAAAGGCUCAGGCCCUAGGCCAUGUUUCCGCAUUUGCCGCGGAGAAGGACGCUUCUGAGACGGCUUCAGAGGAGUAUGUCCUAGUCGACACUGUGACGAUUCCCCAGAACACCGAGCCGGUUGAGGCCGCCGUUGAAGAAUUGCCCGUUACCGAGCAGUCUCCUACGCUACUUCAGGACGCCGUCAAUUCCGGGCCAUUGGAACCCCAGAAUGGCUCACUUGUCAACGAUCCUGUGGUCGACGAGCCUGUUGUGACCAGUGAAAGUUUCCAGCUUGUUGAGGAGCCAGUCCUCCUUAGCCAGUCCAUUGCAUCACUCCAGGAAGUCUCUGGCCCCGAGCAGCCGUCAUUACAAGAUAAAGCCCUUGCCGCCACCGUUGGUGAUGAAUCUAUUGUCAUGCUGAGCGCCAAAGACGCCCAGCUAGUUGACGACUCGGCGGUUUUGGUAACGAGAGCGGAACUUGAAACCACAGAGCCAGCUGUUCCAAUCGGUGAGGACUCAACCACCCCGAUUUUAGCGACUUCGCUAGCCAUUGGCGGUCUUACAGCCGUUGCAGCGGCCAAGUCAGCUGAUGCAACAGAGCCAUCGGCUCUAGCCACCGACUUAGCUUCGGAGGCUGUCCAGAAGGCCAUCGCUGCCCCGGUGCCGCCUGCCACCGAGAAAACCCUGGGCCGAAUUUCCGUGGCCGACUACGCAGUCACCCACGACGCCUCCUCGGCAGGGUUUUCGGACACGAGAAAGAUUAGCAAAGAGAGUCCUGUUCUCGGGCGCACAGUCUAUCAUGAAGGCCCUGAUUACGACCCUAGAGAUACGGAUUUCUCUUUGCAAACAGAGACAACGUACCCAUUGCCAACAGAUACGACGUUCACUUUGCCCACCGACACAUCGUUCUCCUUACCUAACGCCACAAGGGAAGUGCUUCCCGAAAAAACAAGUGGUGCAGAUACCGGUAACUCCCACUCAAGAGAGGUUGCAAUUGGUGCGGGCGUAGCUGGCGCUGCUGGGGCCGCGACUGCUUUGGUUGCACACAACUUCAUUGACAAACCCCAUCUCGCGCCAACAAUCACGCGCCUUGAGGAGUUUGCGGCUGACCUUGACGGCGUGACGGCGUUUGAGGCCAACCCUGCCCAGGGCGUUUCCGAAGAGAGAUCUGAACUGGAGAGGUCGCUAUCGCGUGAACAGUGCAAGACGACGGAGUCUUCUCAGGUUGUUGUGGAGAAAUCUGCCCCGCUCUCCGAAUCGUUCCAUGUCGUGGAUCAAGACACGCCAACACGAGAAGAAAAGGCGAAGAAUGAGGAAAAGAAGGGAGCUUCUUCUGAGGAUGGUGAGGAAUCUGCCAAGCGGAGUGCCGCUGUUGUUGGUAUCGGGGAAGCGAAGACUGACGAAGGCUAUCUGGUUUCCCCAAGGCCGAGAACCGAUGGAACAGGACCCGCCCAAGAAGACAACAUUAUGGACUUCCGCGUACCCACACCUGCUCUCAUUUGCCCUGACUUCGACGAUCCUGUGGCUAGGCAACUGAGCCGAAUGCGCAGCCUACGCCGACAACGGAGAAACACCAUCAAACAAGCCGAGGAGAUGGUGGCGGCUGCCGUCGUCAUUUACGCCACGGCCGAGGUUCUUAGUCCCCCAGGGAGUCCGAGACUCGCCAGUCCAGGAACCGAUGCCCUUGGUUCGCCCGAAAUGCAUUCUGCCCGUGAAGGGGAAAAGGAAAGGAGGUCGAGGUGCCCAUCAUGUCUCUCCAGGGACUCCGCCAUGCCCACGACAAAGAGAAGACUAGAGAACCCCCUGAAGGGCCGAGGAUUUCCAAGGGUCGCUCACGGCUCCAGACGCCAUAGCCACCACUCUUCGCGCUAUCGACCACACCGCGACAGUCGGGAUGGAAGCAAGGAUGGAUCCAGACGUUCCCACCGUUCGCGGUCAGAUAGCCAUACGUCUGUUCGUUCGCGCGGCGACGAUGAGCCUCCGCGCACGCCGACUCGUGAGGACCCCGGCUUAGGAGAGCACAAAAACAGCCCUCAUUCCCGGAGACAUAGGACCCCUGAGGAACAAGCAGCUCACGACAGGCGGAAGGAGGAACGGCGGCGUGCCCGGGACCUUGAGAAGGCCAGGGACAAUGCGCCCGACUCCCCAGCCAAGACAGACAAGGACAGGGACCGGUCCGCCCCUCGCGACCGCUCGGAGCGAUCCUCUGAACACCGUCACUCCCAUCACCGCGAAUCUCGUCGCCACAGCCAAAGCCGCCACAGCAUCGAUCCCAAGGCGGACGUAGUUGUCCCACCUUCGCCGGCAGCGAGCAAGAAGUUCUUCGACAUGAAAAACGGUGAGAGCGUGCUCGAGUCCAACUUUGGCGGGCCUCGUGACACCUCGGCCUUGGCCGCUGCCCCGCCGCCGACAUCGUCAUCCUCCAGGACAGCUGUUGUGCCUGAGCUCAGGCGCUCUAGCACGACGCGCGGCAGCACUACGAAGAUGCGCAGAUCUGAGGAUCGCAGCAGCUCCUUGCGUAAGGUCGCCCGGGAUGACGAAGAAGCUGUGCCCAAAUCAAGUCGGGAACAUAGGGAUAGGGACAAAGAAUUCGAAAGAGCGAGGCCGACGACGGCGGAGCAGAAGGUCAAGGUACCGGCUGCGCCGGUUGGUGUCAGCGCUAGCAAUGCUGAUGAUGUGACCGGACUGUCAUCUUCCGCAAGUGGGGGCGAUCCGGAGUCGCAAGCCCAUCGGGCUAAGAGACAGGAGAAGCGCGAGCGGGAGCGGGAGAGGGAAGGGAAGGAGAAGAGCGGGAUUAGGGCUGCUAUCAAGCGGUUCUUCACGAGCAGUACGUGA